AUUGGGUUACUUCAGCUGCAACAACUCUAUAUAUGCUGGUUAUGUGGUUGUGUGGGAUGAGAAAAAUGGAAUUGUUUGCCGUUCACCCUGUGACAUGAAUUACUGUUUGAAUCAAGCAGAGUGCCAGCAUCCGCUGACCGGACCUUCGUGCAAAUGCGUUCCACGCACAAUAUAUUCUAGCUUCGGUAACCGCUGCGAACAUCUAUCAAUCAAUCUCAGAGCAUUUUUUGGCAUUCUGUUUGGAGCUUUAGCAUUCUUGUUUUUACUGAUGUUAGCCAUAUUUUUAAUUGUGUGGAAGUGCAAAUCAAAUGGACGGAACAGAUUGAUAAAUGACACAAACAGCAUUGGAGAUGUGGAUCGGCAAAUAUUCUCUUGGCAAACUAAUCCAUUUUCUUCUAAAAUAAAAGAUACAAGCAUCUUGCCUACUUUGGCUGAAAAGAAUCUGUCAUCUUUAGCAUGGAAACCACAUCUUGAAAAUGUCAACACUGCAGCAGAGAUAAAAAUUCAAAGACCAUCACUCAGAAGUAACGUCGAUGAGUCCAAUAUACCAUAAAUUCACCACAAAUGAAAGCCUUUUGAGAACUUCAUUGAUGCUCUGUUUCGUGCAACAAGUGACCCACAGGUGUGACCUUUCAAUUCCACCGUGAAAUCAUCACAGGGAUCUGGGUUCAUCAAAUACAUGUACUUCAAUAUAUUUUGAAUUACCUAUGCUUUAAAUCAACAUUAUUUUCUUGUCUUGUAUUAAAAUACUGACACCGAUGUUCGAAUGAGUAAUUACUAUUUUUGGAAUUUUUAUGUUUCGAGUCGUAUAAAGAUUAGUUUUAUUCCUGCCUUCUAUCCAUACCGGCACCUUAUCACUUAUAGGCGUGAUCAUUAAUUACUUCGUAAAAGUUGCAAAUAAAUGUUUUUGGGAAACUAAAUGGAUAAACUUUAAUGCUGCACACAGCCCUGAUAAUGUAACUCAAUCCCUCAACAUUUGUUUUAACUAUUGAAAUGUACAAAUAUAAUUAAAAGUACAUAAUUGUAUGUAUUUUAGAGCAUACUAAAUUUAGAGCAUA